AUGGAAACUUCUGCCAGAUACUUCUAUGAGGGUCCUAAGAACACUAAGAGGGGUAAAACUACUCAAAGAGGCUCUUCCAAUAUCUUCUCUAUGUUUGAGCAAUCACAAAUACAAGAGUUCAAAGAGGCAUUUGGCUGCAUAGAUCAGAACCGUGAUGGAGUUAUUAACAAAUCUGACAUCCUUGCAGCUUUCAAACUGUUUGACCCAAAUGGCACAGGCCUUGUCAAUAAAGAUGAAUUCGGAAGGCUGUUAAUGAACCAGGCUGAUACAGUUACAGCAGAAGAGGUUGGCCAGGCUUUUGCUGUGGCUCCAAUAGACGUGGCUGGAAAUAUUGAUUAUAAAUCACUGUGCUACAUUAUCAUGCAUGGUGAUGAAAAAGAGGAGUCUUGAAAAGAGACAAAUCUUCCAUUUCAUUUCAUUUCAACUUUGACACUUCUGCAUCUUCAGUUGUAUUAACUUCCCAGCAAUUGUUCACGUCAACCUUCAGUCAUAUCAAUGCAUUUUUUUCAGUGGCCCUCAUUAUUAUUUGAAUGAAUUGAUUGAGUGAUUGAAUCGAUUGAGCAUUUUAAAAGAUUUCUAGUUUUGAAUGUUACAUUACAUAUAAUAAAGGCAAAAAGAAACAUUAUUUCACUAUUAAUAAUUAUCUUGUAACACAAAAUGUGGCUUGUUUUCACAGGUAAUUUGUGGUGUUGUGAACAGUGAAUUUUUCUUUGAAGGAAUUUUAGCUAUCUAACAUAAAUGAUGUGUAAUUAUGUCAGCUCCUUUAUGGAUUCUUAUCAGUUUAAAAACUCAUAACAAUUACUUUUGCGAUGAACUAGCAGAUAACAAAGUAAUGGUUUCAAGACACAAACUGGCAACUUUUAUAUCUCUUUUAAUUUUCUCUUCAGCAGAUAAAAUGACACUUUCUAACAAUAUCCAAAAUAGAUACAUUCAGUUCAAAUAUUACUGGACAGUCACUAACUUCUAUCUGAUAUUAUUGAAGAUUUGGGCUCCCCUGUAAAUUUUGUCUGUAAUUUCUGCCAUCCAAAGACUGUUUGUUGAACUGCAAUUUAUAACUUGAACAAGUGAAACCCAAGGGCGGACUGGCCAUAGGGAGCACCGGGC